AUGGCCGAAUCCGGCGGACGGCGUAAAAACCGCCGGGAUCGCCGACUCAGUAAACACCGGCACGAACAAAGUGGCGCGGACGCGGCGGCCGAAAAUUUUCAAUUGUGUUGCGAGCCAGACAAUGCGCGCCGCACCAGUGGCGGGGAAGUCGCAACGGCCGCCGGUGGCACGGCAAACGGAAACGCUGCGCCAUUGGAGGAACGAGGCCGUUACGACGAAGACGCGCGGAUGAUAUUUUUGUGUAAUUAUGUAACAAAGAGCAUGAAAAUAAAACCCGACAAGUGGGCGCGCAUGCUGCAGACGGACGAAUACAAUCGUAACGUUGUCGACUUUUUGGAAAAGGACGCCCAUCAGGCGUUGUUUAUCACAAUCAAUUUUAAUGGCACGUUGAUUGUGGACACGAUUUUAGCCGGAGUGCUUUCAAUUCAGGGCGCAAAAAAUUGUUAUUUUGUCAAGCGCUCACCGGGAGUGGUCCACAAACUUUUCCCCGCCGAGAGUUUGAUUUUCGGUGAUCUAUCCAACGAACUCACCAAUACAUUAGUCGCCCUCAACGAAGAAGUGCUCUUUCCUUUGAUCAAAACUCAAAUUGAGGCGAAGCAAUGGCCGCCGAUUAUGCAGGAAAACGUUGACAAACAACUAAACGAAUUUAAUUCAGCAUUAUAUCAGAUGAAAGGCUCCUUAGACGGAAUAACACUGCUUCCACUGCCACACGAGGUGAAUUCAAUCAAGGAAUCCGCCGAGCGUUUCCAACGCAAUGAAAUAUUGGAAGAUGAUGUGGCAUUAAAGGCGCUCAUCGACUCCUACAUCGCCAAAUGGUGUACAAUCAUAACAAACAUCCUCAAAGCCAGCCCUCAAUCGCUGUUCGAAAAUAAUCAAUAUCCGGGCCCGAUGCAAGAGUUGUGCUUUUGGGCACGCCGUGUAGACAACCUGAACAACAUCUAUAGGCAACUCAAAAUGCACGACGCCAUUGAAUUGCUAGCCUAUGCAGAAUUAUGGCACUCUGCGUACCUGGAGGAAUUCCACAACACAUUUAAAUUAUUAGUGAGCGGUAUCCUAGAGGCGAAAGAAAUCGCGUAUUUUAUGACAGGUCUCAAGGAUCAUUUUGCAAAGUUUGACGAGUUGAGCAUUAUUGAUUUAUUACCGCACAUUGGACCGCUGGUGCAUUGCAUCGGCUUAUUGUGGCGAGAGUGUAAAUAUUACAGGAGCAACGAACGUGUUGGUGGAUUGUUUCAGGAAGUCGCCAAUUCUUUAAUACAAGCCGCCAUUAGGACAUUAAAUCCGUAUACGUUGUUUAUGGGCGAUGUGGAGGAAACUAUACAGAAAAUUGAGCAAUCUUCAGUUGCUAUUGAGUUGUUCUUGAAAGUUUAUGAAAUUGUCAAGGAUAAAAUCGCUCGGGAAAUGGCCGCCUGGCAAUAUUCAACUGCUUCUUUAUUUACAAGAUUAUUUCACUUUCAGGAACGUUUAAAAUUAGUAGAAAAUCUUAUCAAAACAUCUUUAAUUUUUAAUAAAUUAGAAAAAAUUGAGUUGGGAGGCAGCAAAGGUGGAGUUUUAACAAAAAAUAUCGUACAGAUUCAUGACGAGUUUCUAACUAAAUAUCUAAGCUUCCAAAAUGUGCAGUACAACGUCCUGGAUCUUGAUGAUACUGCAAUUUAUCGUGAUUACAAUAGUUUUGUUGAAUCCUGCAAUGAUUUUGACAAUCGACUUGCAACCAUCUUUGUAUGCGCGUUCGCCGAAUGCCCAAAUCUGGAAGCCUGCUACAAGUUCGUGCAAGUUCUAGGCGUGUUCGCCGAACGCGAGGUAAUCCAGACUCAACUCCGACCUCAUUACAAAAAGAUGAUACUGAUGCUCGAGGACGAGCUGAACGUCGUCCGUAGCUUAUACGCAACAACGGCAAAACAAACGGACGAGGAUUAUAACCGGUUGAAUUAUCCACGCUGGCUGCGUCAAUUACGACGCAGGACAGAGAAGCAUUUGAGGGAUUUCAGAGAAGUGGCUAAUGAAGAGACUGACACUCCGAUGGCGGAGGAAUUAAUCCGCGGCGGCGAGGCACUGGUGCGCAUGUUAAUUGCGGACGAAACAGACGCCGUUAACAAGUGGUUGCUGGCGAUUCCUGCGAUCGUCGAGAAGAGUGUUCGGAAUUCGAUACUCGCGAACGCCGAGCAGGGGUGGAUCGUUAAUGUCGACGCUGGUUUUCGGCGGCUUUUGAAAGAGUUGAAGCACGCGCAAGAUUUUGAGUGUUUGGAUCGACUCGGUGAGGAAGCGCGCGUGAUUUAUGAACGUUAUGAUGAAUUGACGCGCACUUUGCAAGUUUUAAGCGAGUGCGUCCAGUGUUAUAAUCAUAUUCGGAAAGUUGUCAGUGCGCAGGAGAUUGAGAUUAUUAGCGAAGAAUUGAGAACAAUUGAGGCGGAUUUUACCAGGGCCGGAAGUGCAUUAACAUGGGAGACUAACAAUUUAGAUGAAGUUAAAAAAGUGCAUGCAAUGGUUAAAAUAUUAUACGAUCGUAAGAUAUCAGUAGAUAAAUAUAUAAAAAGUUUUGAAAAGUCUUUGGAAAAUGCAACGCUAAAAAGUAUUUUCGGCCGGAAUGAUCCAAAAAGUUCGGAGAUUCUUUCACUUUUCAAUCGCGACGAAGAAGUCAACAAACGUUAUAAGACCAUUGAAUCGCUCAGCAAAGAACUUGACAUGAUGUUGAAGACAAAUUUUAAAAUGGAUGAAGUGCACGUGAAGCGUACAAAGUUUAAAUCGGAAUUAUCGCUUGUGAAGUUUGAGAAUUACAACGCUUUUCGCGGUUUUUAUGAUCAAGUGUACGCGGAGCGUGCGAUGCGCGAUGAAAAGUGGCUCGCGUAUCUGCAAAACUUCCACAAACGAAUAUCGGCGAUCUUUUUGGACGCGACGCGAUUGAAUUUGAGCUUCUUCAUUUACGAAAUGGAUAUCACCACGAAUGCUAAUCCGCUCUUUUGCAUAACAAUCGAUUUCCACGACGGGCAAAUUGAAGGAUUGCCAUCUUUGCGCGAAAACGCGCCCGACAACUUCCUCGCAUGCGUUGAAAAAAUCCUCACGGAAAUCUACUCGAUGACGAAUAAAUUAACUGAUGACACGUGUAGUAACACGAUUUGCGCCGACGGCGAAGUUCAAAAAAUGAGCAAUGUGAUUCGAUCGCGAUGCAAGUCUAUGAACGCGCACAUCCUUGAAUAUCUGACACACUUCAAUGACUACAAAUGCCUUUGGCUGGCGGAUCGCGAGGAGCACUUGAAACAUUUUCUGAAAUACGCGCGCAUCAUUACCGUCGAGGAUUGGCCGCAAUUGAACGUAAACGGUGAGAUGCAGACGCAUACACCGACUCUGGAGUUGUUCAAGGAGCAAAUUUCCUACUUCGAGACGCUGCUCGCAAAGGUCGACGGGUUUGACGACACGCGCGUGCUCCACGGCUGGAUGCUGCUCGACACGCGCCCGCUGAAGCAAUCGCUGAUGAACGCGAUAAAUAAAUGGGCGCAUGUUUUCAAGCAGCAUCUGCACGACUGCGUGAUCAACGGCAUUGCAGAAUUAGAGCAGUUUAUCCACACAGCGGUCGAGCUCAUCGCUCAGCCGGUGGUCGUCGACGACGCUGAUCUACUCAUACGUAUCAUGAGUUGUCUAUCGAAGAUCAAAGAACGCCAGCUGAUCACAGACAAUAUGUUCCAGCCGCUGCGCAUGAUUAUCGAUCUGCUCACUUAUUACGACGUUGACUUUCCCGAGGCGGUUUGUGUUCGCCUGCAGGAACUGCCGGAGAUGUGGGACAACUGCAAGAAGGUCGCCGCCGUCACGAAACAGAUCAUGGCGCCGUUGCAGGCGAGUCAAGUGAAUUCAAUUCGUAAGAAUCUAUCACUUUUCGAUCUGCGCCAGGCGAUGUAUAGAGAGCACUUUAAGGAACUGCGGAUAUUUUAUUAUGAUUGCGAGGAGUUGUAUAAGCAACUGGACAAAUGCCAUGCGGAGUUGAAUGCGUUGGAAGCCGGCGUGGAUAAGUUGCGAGAGCAGGGAAGGUUAUUCGAAUUGCAGAUUCCUGAGUUCAAGCAUGUGGCGGCGACGAGGAGAGAAUUGCGGUUGUUGAAAGAGCUGUGGGACUAUGUCGUCAUGUGUAACUCGUGGAUAGAUGAAUGGAAACACACGCCGUGGAAACGCAUUGAUGUAGAGGCCAUGGACAUGGACUGCAAGAAAUUCGGGAAGGAUCUACGCGCGAUGGAUAAGGAACUUAGGACCUGGGAUGUUUAUCUUCAAAUGGAAGCGAAUCUGAAGAAUAUGUUAACCUCAUUGAGAGCUGUCACUGAGUUACAGAAUCCUUCCAUUCGGGAAAGACAUUGGAAUCAACUUAUGAAAACUAUUAAGGUUAAGUUUGUUAUGGACCCUACAACCACCUUGAAUGACCUCUUAGCUCUACGUCUACAUGAAUACGAAGACGAAGUCCGAAACAUUGUAGACAAAUCAAUCAAAGAAGUUACAAUGGAAAAAACAAUCCGUGACCUGGAAGAAACCUGGUCCACGAAAAACUUUGACUUUGAGGUCCAUGACCGAACUCAAAUCGAUAUCCUCCUCAUCCCCGAAGAACUAAUUGAAAUUCUGGAAGAUCAUCAAGUGCAGUUACAGAAUAUGCUCAGUUCUAAGUUUAUCGAAUUCUUUUACAACGAAAUUACUGACUGGCAGAAGAAAUUAUCGAACAUCGAUCAAGUGAUAGCUGUCUUUCUCGACGUGCAACGCAAAUGGGGUUACUUGGAAUCAAUUUUCAUCGGUUCAGAGGACAUACGCAGCCAAUUGUCGGCCGAUUCACUGCGUUUCGACGACAUCGACGCAAAAUUCAAACGCAUUCUGCGACGCAUGCAUAAUCAACCCAACAUAUUACGCGCGACGAACACGCCGGGAUUCUACGAGCAGCUGGAACGUCUUCUUGCUGAUCUGAUUCAGUGCGAGAAAGCGCUGAAUGAUUAUUUGGAGACGAAGCGGCUGGCGUUCCCGAGAUUCUAUUUCUUAUCAUCGGCCGACUUGCUUGACAUUCUAAGUAAUGGCAAUCAUCCGGAUUUGAUUCAGCGGCAUUUAACCAAGCUGUUCGAUUCAUUAGCGAAAUUGAGUUUCUCUCAGGCGGGGGGGAAUAGUGAUAAACGUGCGACGGCCAUGUUUUCGAAGGAGAAUGAGGAAAGGGUUGAUUUUCAUUCUGUUUGUGUUUGUGCGGGAAAAGUUGAGAUUUGGUUAGGAUCACUCAUAGACACCAUGCGCAUAACCUUAAAAAACUUAUUCAAAGAAGGUGUUAGGACAUAUGAAGAACGCACAAGAGAAACAUGGAUCUAUGAAUAUCCCGCACAAGUCGCCCUUGUUUGUAUCCAAAUCUGGUGGUCAACCGAAACCAAUAUUGCUUUCAGUAAACUCGAAGAAGGUUAUGAAAACGCGUUGAAAGAUUACAACAAGAAACAAAUCAGUCAAUUGAAUACACUAAUUUCACAUUUAUUGGGAGAGUUGGAUCCUGGUGACCGACAGAAGAUUAUGACCAUUUGUACGAUAGAUGUACACUCCCGGGACGUGAUUAAUAAGUUGAUAGCGAUGAAAGUUGAGAACGCUCAGGCAUUCCAGUGGCAAAGUCAAUUGCGCCAUCAUUGGGACUUGUAUCUGGAGGACUGCGGCGGAAAUAUAUGCGACGCGCAGAUCCGAUAUCAGUACGAAUACUUGGGCAACACUCCGAGGUUGGUGAUCACCCCUCUCACCGAUCGCUGCUACAUAACUCUCACGCAGAGUUUGCAUUUGGUGAUGGGUGGUGCGCCUGCUGGUCCGGCGGGUACAGGUAAGACGGAGACGACGAAAGAUCUCGGCAAGGCGUUGGGAAUUAUGGUUUACGUAUUCAAUUGUUCGGAGCAAAUGGAUUACAAAUCGGUCGGCAAUAUUUAUAAAGGAUUAGUGCAGACUGGCACGUGGGGUUGCUUCGAUGAGUUUAAUCGAAUAUCGGUCGAAGUGCUCUCCGUCGUCGCUGUUCAAGUGAAAACGAUUCAGGACGCGAUCAAACACCGCGACGUGCGCUUCUGGUUCCUCGAGGAAGAAAUUCAACUCGUCGAUACUGUUGGUAUUUUCAUCACGAUGAAUCCUGGGUAUGCGGGUCGCACGGAAUUACCCGAGAAUUUAAAAGCGUUGUUUCGGCCCUGUGCGAUGGUUGUGCCUGACUUUGAGCUAAUAUGCGAGAUAAUGUUGGUGGCCGAAGGUUUUCAAGACGCGCGCGUCCUGGCGCGUAAAUUUAUCACUUUGUACACGCUGUGUAGAGAACUGCUGAGCAAGCAGGACCACUACGAUUGGGGCCUGCGUGCAAUCAAAUCGGUGCUCGUCGUCGCCGGCGCGCUGAAAAGGGGCGACCGACAAAGACCCGAAGAUCAAGUGCUAAUGAGAGCGCUGCGCGAUUUUAACAUACCGAAAAUCAUCACCGACGACGUGCCCAUAUUCAUGGGCCUGAUUCGCGACCUCUUUCCGGCGCUCGAUGUGCCGCGUAAACGCGAUGCCGACUUUGAGAAGUUGGUGAAAAAGUCCAGCGCGGAUCUACGCCUGCAAGCCGAGGAUGGAUUCGUGUUGAAAGUUGUACAACUCGAGGAAUUAUUCGAAGUUAGACAUUCCGUGUUUAUUAUUGGCUUUGCUGGUACAGGUAAAUCCGCCGUGUGGAAGACGUUGUUUAAGACCUAUGCGAAUCAAAAACGGCGACCGGUGUAUAAUGAUUUGAACCCCAAGGCGGUGACGAACGACGAACUAUUUGGUGUGAUUAAUCCGUCGACGCGCGAGUGGCGAGACGGGUUGUUUUCGGCGAUUAUGCGCGAACAAGUGAAUCUAGCCGGGAAUUCACCCAGGUGGAUAGUGCUCGAUGGUGACAUUGAUCCCAUGUGGAUCGAAUCGCUCAACACGCUGAUGGAUGACAACAAAGUGUUGACUUUGGCGAGCAACGAACGCAUUUCCCUAACACCACACAUGCGGCUGAUUUUCGAAAUUGCAAAUUUACGUACAGCUACACCAGCGACAGUCUCCCGAGCAGGAAUACUCUACAUUAACCCUAAAGAUCUUGGUUGGAAUCCUUAUGUUACUUCAUGGCUGGACACGAGAGUUAAUCCAACGGAACGCACACUUUUAUCCUCGAUGUUUGAUAAAUAUGUGCCGUCUUGCAUGGAAGUGCUCGAGGUGAAAUUUAAGAAAAUCACGCCACUUGUUGAUGUCACGCAUUUAUCUAUGCUCUGUCACUUAUUGGAUUGCUUUCUCACUCCGGAGAACGUACCGCUGGAUUGUCCGCGCGAGUGGUACGAGAUUUAUUUCGUUUUUUGCGUCGUGUGGGCGUUUGGCUCGUCAUUAUUCCAGGAUCAAGUCGACUGGCGGGCGGAAUUCAGCAAAUGGUUCACUCACGAAUACAAAGCCGUACGAUUUCCGCACAACGGAUGCGUUUUUGAUUAUUACGUCGACGACAAAACGAAACUUUUUGCGCCCUGGUCGAAUCUCAUCGAUAAAUUCGAACUAAACGCAGAAAUUCCGCUUCAGGUUACUUUGGUUGACACGAUGGAAACACGCCGCAUACGAUUUUUCCUUGAUCAUUUAAUGAAGAAGAAAAUUCCUUGUAUGUUAAUCGGUCCUUCCGGUUGUGGGAAAAGUGUCUUGAUAGCGAAAAAACUUGCGUCGCUACCUGAACAAUAUCAAGUCACAAAUGUUCCGUUUAAUUUUUAUACAACUUCGGAAAUGUUACAGAAAAUUUUAGAGAAACCACUUGAAAAAAAAGCGGGACGCGUGUAUGGUCCACCCGGAAAUAAACAAAUGGUGUAUUUUAUUGAUGAUAUGAAUAUGCCCGAAGUAGAUAAAUACUUUACCGUCCAACCGCACACUUUACUUCGGCAGCAUAUCGAUUAUCAGCACUGGUACGACAGGCAGAAGUUGUCAUUGAAAGAAAUCCAGAACGUGCAGUACGUGUCGUGCAUGAAUCCCACUGCCGGUUCGUUUACCAUCGAUCCGCGCCUGCAGAGACACUUCUGCGUGUUCUCAUUAAACCCACCAGCCGGCGACGCGCUCUUCGCCAUCUACGCGACGAUUUUAAAACAACAUUUGCUCGCGGGGCGUUUUAACGCCGUCGUUAAUAAAUUAUGCGCCAGCAUCGUCGAGGCAGCCCUGGCGCUGCAUCAGAAAGUUUGCACGAAUUUCUUGCCCACCGCUGUCAAGUUCCACUACAUAUUUAACUUACGAGACUUGUCGAACGUCUUCCAGGGCAUGCUCUUUACCACUGCUGACGCUAUCGCAUGCAAUACGGAUUUUAUCCGGUUGUGGAUGCAUGAAUCCAUGCGUGUGUACGGCGAUAAAAUGGUCAGCUAUAAGGACCUCGAUGGAUUCACCAAGGCGUUGAAUGAAAUCGCCAAGAAAACCUUCGAGGAGUUUGACGAAGGAAAUGUGAUGCAGAAACCGUUGAUAUUUUGUCAUUUUGCCGACGGUAUUGGCGAUCCAAAAUAUCUACAGAUAUUCAACUAUGAGCGGUUGAACAAAUUGCUGUCGGAAGCACAAGCGAGCUACAACGAUCUUGUUGCUGCGAUGAACCUGGUGCUGUUCGAGGAUGCAAUGAAUCAUAUUUGUCGCAUAAAUCGCAUCCUGGAAGGCCCGCGCGGCAACCUUCUGCUUAUUGGUGUGGGCGGAACUGGAAAACAAUCGCUCACGCGGCUGGCAGCUUUCAUAGCGUCCCUGGACGUGGCGCAGGUCCAGCUGAAAAAGGGCUACUCCAUCAACGAUUUAAAGUUGGACAUUGCCGGCUUGUAUCUGAAAGCUGGGAUGAAAAACGUGAGCACUGCGUUUCUGAUGACAGACUCACAAGUUGCCGAUGAAGAAUUUUUGGUUUUGGUUAAUUAUAUGUUAGCAUCCGGUGAGAUUCCCGACUUGUUGACUGAGGACGAAACAGAGGAGAUGGUUGCACUUCUAAAAAGUGAGGUUAAAGCUGCUGGACUAUCGGAUUCAAGGGAGAACUGUUGGAAGUUCUAUGUAGACAAAGUGCGUAAAUUAAUCAAAGUCGUAUUGUGUUUUUCACCGGUUGGUUCAACGCUGCGGAUCCGUGCGCGCAAGUUUCCGGCGAUUAUUAAUUGCACCGCCAUUAAUUGGUUUCACGAUUGGCCGAAAGAAGCAUUAUUGAAUGUAUCGAGACGCUUCCUCGCUGAAAUUAAUACGCUGCCCACGGCUUACGUGGGAUCGGCUUCGGAAUUCAUGUCGUUUGUGCACAUCAUCGUAAACCGGGUCUCGCAAACCUUUUUGUUAUGUGAGAAGCGAUACAAUUACACGACGCCGAAAACAUUUCUCGAACAAAUCGCGCUGUAUGCCAAGUUGUUGUCGAGCAAAACACUUGCGUUGAAACAAAAUAUCCUCCGGCUUGAGAACGGCUUGAUGAAGCUUAAAUCAACAUCGAGUGAAGUGGAUGCGCUUCAAGAGGUAUUGGCUGUUCAGGAAGUGGAAUUGAGUAGGAAGAAUGAAGCCGCUGAUAAACUGAUUAAAAUUUUGAGAGCUGAAAAUGAGACAGUCGCUCGAGAGCAAGCGUUGGCCAGUGACGAAGAGGCGAAAGUAAAAAUCAUCGAGGAAGACGUCGCCAUAAAAGCAAAAAUGUGCGAGGAGGAUUUGCGCAAAGCGGAGCCAGCGCUCGAGGCGGCGAUGGAAGCACUGAACACGCUCAAUAAAGGCAAUUUAACCGAGUUAAAGUCCUUCGGCAGUCCACCUGACGCGGUAGUAAACGUGUGCGCUGCCGUUUUAGUACUCUUCGCCAAACGCGGUAAGAUACCCAAAGAUCGUAGCUGGAAGGCGUGCAAAAUGCUCAUGGGUAAAGUGGAUCAGUUCCUCAAUGAUUUGUUGUGUUAUGAUAAGGAGAACAUCCACGCGGACGUUGUAAAAGCCGUCCUGCCGUACGUAAACGACCCAGAAUUUGAACCGAACAAGAUUCUGACCAAGUCCAUUGCGGCUGCAGGUUUAUGCGCUUGGGUAAUCAAUAUAAUGCGAUACUAUGAUAUCUACCUAGUUGUGGAACCCAAGCGUAAAGCUCUACAAAAAGCUGUCUCGGAGUUGAAGUGCGCCAGACAGACGCUGCGGGACCUCAAAGAAAAACUCCAGCAAUUGGAGAAACAAUUAUCGGCACUACGCGGGGAGUACGAGGAGGCGAUUGAUGCGAAACUAAAGUGUCAGGUGGAGGCGGACACGACGGCCACGAUGAUUAAUCUCGCGCGGCGUCUAAUUAAUGGUCUCGCUUCGGAGAACCUACGAUGGCGAGACUCAGUCGGUCGCUUUAAGGCGUCCAUUCACAAGCUACCUGGCGACGUGCUGCUUGUUACCGCAUUUGUGUCCUACGUCGGCUGCUUCACGCGGAAAUACCGCGCGGAAUUGAUUAACAAGCACUGGAUUCCAUAUCUCGGUGAGCUGGCACCAUCCGUGCCGAUGACUGAGGGGUUGGACCCGCUGACAUUGUUAACCGACGACGCUGUAAUUGCCAACUGGAACAACGAAGGUCUGCCCACCGACCGCAUGUCCUCGGAGAAUGCGACGAUAUUGUCGAACACUGCACGAUGGCCACUGAUGAUCGAUCCGCAAUUACAGGGCAUCAAGUGGAUUAAGAAUCGGUACGCUGAUGACCUGGUAGUGAUCCGCCUUGGAACCAGGAAUUAUCUUGACACAAUUGAACGAUGUGUAUCACUAGGUAAUAUUGUUUUACUAGAAAACAUCGGGGAGACAAUCGAUGGGGUCCUAGACCCAAUUCUAAGUCGUGUUUUGGUCAAAAAGGGUAAACUGAUCAAAAUUGGAGAUAAAGAAGUUGAUUACGAUCCGAGAUUCAAACUGAUCAUUCAAACAAAGUUGAGCAACCCACAUUACAAACCCGAGAUACAAGCCCAAACUACUUUGAUUAACUUUACUGUUACCCGAAGUGGUCUUGAGGAGCAAUUAUUAGCUGAAGUGGUCAAAGCUGAAUGCCCCAACUUGGAAACAUCGAAAGCCUUGUUAACCAAACAACAAAAUGAUUUCAAAAUCACUUUGAAGACGUGUGAAGAUAACCUGCUUGAAAGAUUGUCUUCGGCGACGGGGAAUAUCCUCGGAGAUGUCACACUUGUGACUAACCUAGAAACAACAAAGAGCACAGCUGCGGAUAUCUCAGUGAAGGCCGCCGAGGCAAAAGUGACAUCGGCGAAAAUCGAUGAGGCGCGCGAGCAAUACCGGCCUGCAUCAGCGCGGGCCUCUCUACUCUAUUUCAUCCUCAACGAUCUCAAUCGUAUCAACUCGAUCUACCAGUUUUCGUUAAAAGCCUUCACGUCUGUGUUUAAGAAGUCUCUGAGUGUUGCCCGGCCGGGCGAUGGUAUCAAACAGCGUGUGAACAAUCUCCUCGACAGCAUCACCUACGGUGUGUGUAUGUACACCAGUCGCGGGUUGUUCGAACGCGACAAAUUAAUCUUCCUCGCCCAAAUGACGAUACAGAUCCUCGUCUAUAACAAAGAGAUAUCCCCCGUGGAGCUGGACUUUUUGCUGCGUUUUCCUGUCACGACGAAUCUCACAUCUCCGUAUGAUUUCUUAUCGAAUGUAUUGUGGGGCGGUGUGAAGGCUUUGUCCACGAUGGAAGGCUUUCGUGGUUUGGAUAAGGACAUUGAGCACUCGCUCAAGCGCUGGCGUAAAUUCGUCGACAGCGAAUGUCCCGAAAAGGACAAGCUCCCCGGGGAGUGGAAAAAUAAAAGUGCGUUGCAAAGAUUAUGUAUUAUGCGAUGUCUACGCCCGGAUCGGAUGACGUAUGCCGUGCGGGCUUUCAUUGAGGAGAAGCUCGGAGCUAAGUUUGUUCAGGCGCGAACGAUUCCCUUCGAGCAAUCCUACGAGGAGACGAGCAACUCCACGCCGAUAUUAUUUAUUCUCUCGCCAGGUGUGAAUCCUCUAUCGGAUGUUUCUAGUUUGGGCCAGCGACUGGGGUACACAUUCGACAAAGGUAAUUUUUGUGCGGUUGCGUUGGGACAGGGCCAGGAGGCGAUUGCGGAAUCAACUAUCGAUCGAUGUGCCACUUUGGGACAUUGGGCGAUGUUACAAAAUAUUCACUUGGUUGAGAAAUGGUUACCAACUUUAGAGAAAAAAAUUGAACAACAAUCAGAGAAAUCACAUGCGGACUAUAGGUUAUACAUGAGUGCUGACCCUGCGGCGAAUGUGUUACCACAGGGUAUCCUAGAAUCGUCAAUUAAAAUCACCAACGAGUCCCCAACAGGAAUGUUGGCUAAUUUACACAAGGCCCUAGAUAAUUUCAGCCAGGAAAGUUUGGAGAUGUGCACGAAAGAAGUGGAAUUCCGCGCGAUCCUUUUCUCCCUCUGUUACUUCCAUGCGGUGGUUGCGGAGCGGAGGAAGUUUGGCCCGCAGGGCUGGAACCGGGACUAUCCGUUUAACAUCGGCGACCUUACAAUAAGCGUUAACGUCCUUUAUAAUUACUUGGAGAACAAUAGCAAAGUGCCGUGGGAGGAUCUGAGAUACCUGUUCGGUGAAAUAAUGUACGGCGGGCACAUCACUGAUGAUUGGGAUCGCCGCCUUUGCAGGAAUUACCUGUUGGAGUAUAUGCAGCCAUUGCUUCUAGAUGGGGAGUUGUAUUACGCGCCUGGAUUUAGAGCUCCGACCAAUACUGACUACGCGGGUUAUCAUCGUUACGUUGAUGAGCACUUGCCUCCGGAGUCACCGUACUUGUACGGCUUGCACCCGAAUGCGGAAAUCGGGUUUCUUACCGGCACAUCGGAAGUGAUGUUCAAGACUAUAUUCGAGAUGCAGUCGGCGAACUUGGCGAUCGCCAGUGGCGUGGGCAUGUCACGCGAGGAGAAGGUCCGUUCAACACUGGACGACAUAUUAGAGAAGCUGCCGGAAGCGUUCAGUAUAAAGGAGAUGUUGGGGAAGGUGGAAGACCGCACGCCGUACGUCAUUGUCUGCCUGCAGGAGUGUGAGCGUAUGAAUGCGCUCGCCGGAGUUAUUCGUACGUCGCUGAAAGAGCUCGGGCUGGGCCUCAAAGGCGAGCUGACCAUCACGCCCGACAUGGAAAUGCUCGAGGGUGAAUUGUUUUUGGACAAAGUACCGCACGCCUGGGCCGAGGCGGCUUAUCCGAGCUUACUGCCAUUAGGUCAAUGGUGUGCUGAUUUGAAUAUGCGAAUUAAGGAGUUGGAAAAUUGGACGAGCGACUUUUCGGUGCCGAGUUCCGUCUGGCUGGGCGGCUUGUUUAAUCCGCAAUCCUUUCUCACCGCCAUCAUGCAGCAAAUGGCGAGACGGAAUGAGUGGCCGUUAGACAAGAUGUGUCUGCAGACGGAAGUCACCAGGAAGCAACGCGAUGACAUCUCCAGUGCACCCAAAGAGGGCGCAAACAUACACGGCUUAUACAUAGAGGGCGCACGCUGGGAUAUCCAACACGGAGUCAUCGCGGACGCCAUCUUGAAAGAACUAUCACCAAUGCUUCCGGUUGUUUAUUUGCGGGCCAUUACGCAAGAUAAGCAGGAUUUGCGACAUACUUACGAAUGCCCUGUGUACAAAACACGCGAGAGAGGAUGCACGUAUGUGUGGACGUUUAACCUCAAAACUAGAGAAAAACAAUCCAAGUGGGUGUUGGCUGGAGUUGCAACGCUACUUCAAGUAUAAAAAGUUUAUUUAGAAAAAUACAUGUUGUUAUAAUGGAGUAUAGUCUAGAGAUCAGUCAAAUGCGCUCUGAUUAUGUUUUCCGCUUCGACGAGAUGCUGAAAUCCACGGCGUCGUAACUUUCCGGCGAGUGCGAGGAAUGCCCUCACUCUAUCACGACCCUCUGCGCGGACGAGUGGGGAAAAGGAAACGUAAAAAGUGAGAUCAUUGAAGCGAUGAAAUAAGUUAGUGAGUCACCUGAGUCUUUUAUCCGCAGAGCGUGGAUGGCCCAUCCAAUUCCGAUACAUUUGAACGUCGCUGCUAA